AUGAGUGAGGGCCAGGCAGGUUCCCGAAAGAAGAGGGGGUGCGUAGACCACGCAUUCAUGGUAGGGAGAAUCAUCCAAGGUAGAAAGAGGGCGGGAAAGCCGACGUACUGCUUCUUCCUGGACGUGAAAAAGGCAUACAACACCGUGUGGAGAAAUGGGCUGUGGAAACAACUGUCCAAAUACGGGAUCAAGGGGAAAAUGUGGAGAGUGCUGAAGAAGAUGACAAGAGGGGUCCCACAAGGUUGCGCGCUGUCCCCAACAUUGUUCCAGGUGUUCAUCAACGAUCUGUUGGAAGUCGUAGAGGCAGUCCGGAAGGGAGUAAAAGUAGGGGACACGGAAACGUCGGUUUCAGGAAUGCUGUUUGCGGAUGAUUUUGUCGGUAUGUCGGACACCCCUGAGGGACUGCAACUGCAAAUUGACGCG